AUGGAGGAGGAGUUGAAGCAAUUCUUUGCAGACUGUCAGAUACAGGAGUUCUCGGGCGAGGACAUCCUGGCCAUAUGUCAGCCGUUGGUCUGGCGGAUCCGACUGGCCAAAGCGAAACGAUGGUGUCUUAUCGUCCUACCAUUAGUGUUUUUGUACCUUCUUUGGUCAUAUUGUGACACCUUUUCUUGGUUUAUAAGUGCGCUUGGACGUUUGUUGCUUAUCCAAGUCUUGCCCCUGUGGGACUGGACACCAUACUACAAUGCCAAGUGUCUGAUUUCUCGAGGGGAUCAGCAAGUACACAACUCACUGCCACCUUUGGGAAGGAGGGAAACCCUGCCGGAGAACUGUGUUCUUUGUGAUUCCAUAGAGGGAAUAGCUACGGCCUCAAAUGUGAGCUACUCCAUGUUGGAAUCUCAGUACCUAGAGCGUGGUCUUCCUGUGAUUAUAACCGAUGCCGGUUUGGAAACGAAUCUGUGGGAUCUUCUAGAGCUCAUUGAGGUUAAAGCACCCGAGUGGCUAGCCAGUGAACCCUGCGAUGUGUCCAGUAAUCUCUUGCUGCGGAAACUCUUCAAUCUGGAGGCGGCUUUGGAGAAAAUCCAUUCGUGGCAGGAACAAACCACAAAUCCCUGGCACCUUCAGCUGAGAAACUGCCAAAGAAAGGCGGUGAAGACCUCUCGCCUGUUUCUGGAACGACCUUACUAUUAUCCUUUCCACAUGGCACCCUACUACUCCAGUUGGUUGCUGGCAGUGCAUCAGCAAAAGCGCACUCAGGCGGAGAUUUAUGUGAGGGGCCUCAUUCUGAUGCAGCAAGUAAGUGGUCACUUUGAUGUGGUUCUCCAUCCCAAAGAUCCCUGUGGGAAUGGAGUGUGUCCCAGCCUGAGAAUGCGUCUGAAUGCCGGCGAAGGUCUGAUAUAUUCCUCGGACCUUUGGAGCCUAAGUUAUGGCCUGGAGAAACCCCACUCUAAGGUGACAUCUCUGGCUAGCAUCUUCGAGAUUGACUGGCAGCCAUAG